AUGCAAGAAUUAACGCCGCUAAGUGGAGGUGGACAACAUUAUGAUUAUCAUACACAAGAAAUAGUAUUAAGACCAGUUCCAAAAUGUCGUGAAAUUGGUGGAGAAUUAACAACUGAAAUGAUGACUGCCAAUGAAAUAAGAUCAAAACAGUCAGAAUCAACAUUGGUUAUAUCGACCAUGAUUGCAUCUAUCGAUAAACCAAGUUGA